AUGCCCGCAUCAGAAUUGCCUUACGAGAUUCUUUCCCUUGUGGCAGACUAUCUAUACAAAGACUACAAGUUUGAGUGCAUUUUUGUAUGUAAAGGAUGGAAAACUACGUUUCAAGAAUUAUUUUGGAAAGACAGAGAAGUCCGUUCUGUUAAAAAGCUCGAAGACGCAGCCGUCGCUGUAAAACAUUCGACAAGCGAUUUUCCGUACGGCGUUGUACUCCAGACUCUAACCAUAGUCGAAGCAUGUACCCUACACAGCCUACUACAGAGCGACGCUUUUGAAACUUUUUAUAAUUUAAAACACCUUGUUCUUGAACAUGUAAUAAUCGACAGCACUGACAUAAAGAAAAUAACAUAUUCCCGUCCAUGGAAAUCGCUAAUAAGCCUGAAGCUUGUAAUCAAGAUUGCAAAACAAAAUUCACUUACACCAAUUCUCAUAAGGCUCUUGACGAACUAUCCCAGCCUCAAAGAGAUAGACGUUUCUCCACACUCCUCAAUGAAUUCGCUCAAUUUCAAUUUGAAAAACUUCAAUACGCUACACAAACGAUCUCCACAGCUAGAAUCUAUCAAGGGCUGCUUUAAUCUCACUAAUAUUCACUCGAAUUCGGUAAAUACGAUCCCAACGACUAUAGCAGCUCUUCAUGUAACAACACUUGACCUCGACCUGUUAGAUUGGGACUACUUAUGGCUAUAUUAUUUUAGCUACAAGUAUCCAAACAUACGUACCCUGAAAUGGAAAACCAUGUGUGAAUCAAGAGAGCGGAUUGUUAAAGAAUACAACAGAAACAAAGCCGAACUUUUACACUCACUUAAAAACGUUUUUCCGCAUUUAACAACAUUGGAGUUUUAUACUGAAGAUCGUUCAACAUGGUCACACGCUUUAUUCUGGGAUUUACUUUGUCGGUCAAAUGUGCCAAUCAAAAAGCUGACAUAUAUCCUAAGAGUAUGCUUUUCUUCUCCCAACUUCCAACAAAUGCUUAUCCAACGAUUACUACAAUCCUUUGAAAAAACACUCGAAACUUUCUUCGUUGCAGGAAAUGUAUCAUAUGAUAUCAGAUACAUAGUAAGGCUAAAUAUACCGUCCUGUCCGGUGUUGGUGGACCUUACACUCUACGAUUGUGGUAUAUACAUUGAUUUGGACAAUCUGUUGGAUAGCUGUCCUGCCCUAAGGCGGCUAAUGUUUACCAGUGGACAACUUUACAUAAGCCCAGAAAUACGAGAAGAUCCAGGAAAACAUGGAUUACGAAUUUUGGGACUAGAUAAUGUUGAUGCAAGUGCUCCUGUAUUUAGCUACAUGUCGUACAGGUGCAGGAAUUUAGAAUAUAUGAACUUGGACAGCAUACGAAUCAGUGGGUCGAUUUCUGAAGAGACGGGAAGUCUGCUCAUUAAUAUGCCUUACACUCGUCUAAAAAAACUGGAUUUCCAUCGUGUUUUGUUCUACCCGUCCAACGAUCACAUGAAUGAAAAGAAGGUUAUCAACCUAAUCCUGCUGUCUCAGCUAAAAAGCUCUUUCCCGUCGGAUGAGAAUGAAGACCAUGUAGAUGAAAUUCAUGAUGUGGACCAUCUAGCUUGGUUCCAUCUUUUCUGCAAGAAGAUUACAAUCGGUUUUGAAUCAAAGAUCAGAAAGCUUCCAAAAGAAGAAAUUGCUACUGCUACCGAGUAUUAUAAAAGCACCCCGGCUACAGAAAGAGUAAACCUUUCAGAAGAAAGAAAGUCUUUUCAAGGUCUGGUACCUAAAAGAUUUUGGGAAAAAGAUCUUUGGAAAGGUUAUGUCGAAUUAAGAUGUGGCCACAUAGCUAGUUACAAGAUGCCUUUACUUUGGGUAGACGAAGAUGACUAUUAG